CCGAACCUCGGCCGUUACUCAAACUCCCCAUCGCGCCAACGCACGAACUAGAUACUUCCUCCUGAUUGCCAUAUAACUACCUAGCCGAGUUUACUUUCGACUUCUUGGGGAGCGCAGAAUUCCCCACCCCCGCGCGAAUUCAUGGCAAUGACCGAAACUGCAAGCCGACCGCAUGGUACUUGAUUGCCCCUACCCCAACAUUUCGCUCCACAACCCUGGCGCACUUUGUCGUGCCGCUUCGCUUCCCAGUUCCCUUCUCCAUGGUCGAUUUAGCCACCCCCGACUUGUCCGCUCCCGUGUCCUCGAAUCCUCGUCACGUCUUCCUCGCUCGGGAAACGGAGCUGACACCAUGACAGACCAGUCAGGUCGGCUGGGCCGCCGACGGCCCUUCUCUGCGCUGAUGAAGAAACUGGCGAAUCUGAAAGCUACCUCGUCGGGCGACGGAGGCCGUCUCUCGGGCUCAAAACGAAACGGUGCCAAGAAACCUCAGAACAAUCCCUACCCACAGUCCGGCCGCAUCGCCGUCGGCAUCUCUCCGCGCCCCAGUCAUUACUCUGUAUCCUCCGGACCCAGCCGGCGGUUAACGAGCGUAUCGUCUCUCGACAGAUCCGACUCUGUAAGGUCGGACAGCGACGACCAACCGCCCCCGACGACGGGGGCCCGCUCCAUGGCACCCACAGUCUCGAUGGAACAUGAGACAGUUCGCUCAAUACUUGCCCCCUCCCAUGGGGACUCGUCCCUCGCGGGCACCAGCCGAACCGCAAAUGGCAGAAGAGGCGGAGACAGCACCUUCUCCUCUCCCGCGCCCUCGGUCAGGUCGCUCACCACCACCCUCACCACAAUACAAACGAUCGCGCCCAACCCCGGCGGGACCAACAACCAAGCAACCACAAACCAUCACUCGCACAGCUCCAACUCCCAAGUCAUUCAUUUCAACCAACCCUUCCCAUCCACCUCCCCAGCCUCCGCGAUCCCGGCUCACCUAGCAACCACCACUUACGCGAGCGCAACCGCCAACAACCUGCUCACGGACAACGCCUCCAUCCUGACGCUCGCCUCCUCGUCCAAGCGCCGCCGCCGACGCUCCUUUGACACCGACGCCUCCGUUCGCGCACUCGCUCCCUCUUCCCUCUGGGGCGGCAGCCGCGAAUCCCUGCCUCUCAGCGUCCUCUCGGCGACCAUGGACGGCGCGGCGGCGGCGGCGGCGGCAGCAGCCGGGAACGGGCCACCCACCCCGGGCCUCCACCGGGGUGCAGGCAGUGGUGUGAUGGGAGGCGGCGCUAACGAGAGGACGAGCAUCUACUCGGCGACAGGGAUCCUGGGCACUGCGGCCAGCGAGAGGAAUAGCUUGUAUGCGAAGCCUGGUCUUGGUACCGGGAACGGAGGCGUCGGCGGCGGGGAUGCAGCCAGCGUGAGAAGCGGCUUGAUGGGGCAUGGACGGGCAGACAGCGUCGCGGGGAGUAUCGGCGGGGGCUUGGCUGCGCCGGCGGCGGGGACAAGUUCGUUGGCUAGUCCGCGGGAGGGGCUGGGAGAGGAGAAGGGAGAGGGGAAGCGGGACACGGUCUAAGGAAGAAAGGUUAGGAUUGGGUUACGGAUGAGUUCAUGACGGGAUAGGGAUAUGGUGGGAUUUGUUACGGACUUUGCGUUUUCGGGUCGUUGGUGGCGUUUUAGGAAUCAUGGGAUGACCAGGGCCACGUCCGGAUGGCUAUGGAAUGAAGUUUCGAGUCAAGAACAACAGCCACAAUCAGCACGCGCAAGCUGCGAAUAUGUC